AUGCCGUCAAAACAGAAGAAAUCCACGGCUUCGGGCGAAACCGAAGAGGUCGAUGACGAGGUGGAGGAAAGCGAGCCAGACUCAGAGGAGACGGGGAGAAGUAGUCCGAGUCACGGGGAAGCCGCAAAAACCGAGAAGAGUCGGAGGAAACACAAGAACGGCGAGGAGAGAGAGAGGGACGAGAAAGUGAGCGACAAGGCCAAGGAGAAACGGAGGAAAAAGAAACCGGACGGAGAUGCUGAAGCCGGUGCCGUGAUUACGAGUAAAGAGCCGAACAACAACAACAACAACGAUGAGACCAGAACCAAACCCAAAAAGGAGAAAUCUGAGAGGCUCCAGGAGGACGUGACCGAAAGAGUGAAGGAGGAAAAAGUUAAGCAGAAGAAGAAGAAGAAGCCGUCCACAGAGAGUCCGGAGGGAGAAGAGAUGGGCUCCAAGGAUAAAAAAUCUAAAGAGGGCAAGAAGAAGAAGAAGUCUCACAACGACGACGACGACGAGGAGCCUUUGAUUGAGGAGCAGGAAGAGGAAGAGGAGUCCAAGAAAAAGAAGAAGAAGAAGGCCAAGAAGGGAUCGGCGGAUAGCGACGAGGACAAGAAGAAAAAGGGGAAAAAAUCCAAAAACAAACAGCUGGACUACGCCGCGAUCUACCAGAACGAGCUGCUCAACUACCACACAGACUCCUCCGACGGGUACGAGGAUGAGUAUUACAAAAAGAAAGUGUACGAGGUGGUCACAGUAACCGGUGAUGUGAAGGGAGCCGGGACGGACGCUAACAUCUUCGUCACCCUUUUCGGAGACUUCGGCGUCUCGCCCAAAGUGCACCUGGCCAGCAAGAGCCGAACUGCAUUUGAGAAGAACAAAACCGAUGUUUUCCGCAUCAAAACGUACAACGUGGGGCCUCUAAAGAAGCUCAGGAUCGAGCACGACAACACGGGGAUGAGCGCCAGCUGGUUCCUGGACCGGGUGGUGGUGACCGACAUGAACCGGCCCCAUCUGCGCUUCUACUUCGCCUGCAGCAACUGGCUGAGCCGAGAGGAGGGCGACAACCUGUUUGUGAGGGACCUGCUGGGCAGCCAGAACCCCAUGGACGUCCCAAAAUUGAAUAAAUAUCUGGUGAGCGUCUUCACGGCCGACAUGAAGGGGAGCGGGACCGACGCCGACGUGUUCCUGAACAUCUUUGGAGAAAACGGGGACACAGGAGAGAGACGGCUGGACAGCGACAAAGACAACUUUGAGCGCGGGUCGGAGGAUAAGUUCACCAUAGAGUCGCCAAACCUGGGGAGACUGAAGAAGAUCACCAUUGGCCACAACAACAGAGGUUCAUCAGCAGGAUGGUUUCUGGAUAAGGUGAUGGUCGAUGACAUGGGGAAUAAAGAAGUGUACGAGUUCCCGGUGAAUCGCUGGUUCGCCAUGGAUGAGGAUGACGGGAAGAUCCAGAGAGAUGUGUUGGUUGGAUCCAUGCAGCCGAUGGGCAUCGUGUACAACGUCCAAGUGAUGACCGGAGACAUAAGAGGAGCAGGGACCAACUCCAAGAUCCACAUGGUCAUGCACGGCUCCAAGGGCUUGAAAAACAGCGGCAAAGUCUUCCUGGAGGGCGGCGCCUUCGAGCGCGGUCUCAUCGACAUUUUCAACGUGGAGAUUUGCGAACUCAUCAGCCCUCUGAGCCGAGUCACCAUCGGCCAUGACAACGGCGCCGUGGGAGCCGGGUGGUACUGCGAGAAGGUGGUGAUUUACUGUCCGUUCACCGGCAUCGAGCAGACGUUUCCGUGUGGGAUGUGGCUGGACGAGGACGAGGCGGACGGACUGAUCGAGAGGGAGCUUUACGAGAUGGUCUCUCUGAGGCAGAAGAAACAGAAAAAGUACCCCUGGUCCCUCUGGAUCUGGACCUCGGACAUCAAAGGGGCAGGCACAGACGCCCAGGUGUUCCUGCAGAUCUACGGGGAGAAGGGCAAGUCCGACGAGAUCAAGCUGGAGAACAACUCCGACAGCUUUGAGCAGGCCCAGAUUGAUAAAUUUGUGAUUGAAAUGCCGGACAUGGGGAAGCUGCGGAAAGUGAGGAUUUGGCAUGAGAAGAGGCAUCCAUUCGCAGGCUGGCACUUAGCCAAGGUCACUCUGCUGAAGACGCUCACCGCUGAAAAGUAUUCGUUUGAAUGCGGCCGCUGGCUGGACAUCAACGAGGACGACAACGAGAUCGUCAGGGAGCUGCCGGCCACCGGGACGCUCAUCGAGGAUCCACUGCCACUGAUAAAGUAUCGCGUCACCAUCUGCACCGGGAACGUGAGUGGCAGCGGGACGGACGCCAGCGUGUUCCUGAACGUGAUCGGAGAGCUGGGGGACACCGGGGAGCGCCUCAUGUUCAUGAGCAAGAACAACGUCAACAAGUUCGAGAAGGGAAACCAUGACGAGUUCCUGAUAGAGUCGGUGACGGUGGGCCGGGUCCGGCGGGUGCGCGUGGGCCACGAUGGGCGCGGGGGGGGCUGCGGAUGGUUCCUGGACAAGGUGCUGGUCAGGGAGGAGGGCCAGCCGGAGUCCAUGGCCACCGAGUUCCCCUGUUUCAGGCAAGGCCAAACCUCACACGGGACCCGGGUCCUUUCUGACGCUCGUUUCUGUGUUUGGGACGCUUGUUUGUGGCUGGAUCGUAACGAGGACGACGGGCAGAUUGUGCGUGAGCUGGUUCCAGCCGGGGACGGCCUGCGUCUCUUCAACGUGGGCUACCACAUAGCCAUCAAGACGGGCAACAUCAGCGGGGCCAGCUCCGACUCCCGGGUGUUCGUGAAGCUGUACGGGGAGAAGGGCGACACGGACAAAGUCAUCCUGGCCGUGUCCGACAACGACCUCAGGAACUACUUCGAAACGGGCGCCACCGACAUCUUCACCAUGGACACCUUCGACAUCGGGGAGAUCAACCGGCUCCUGAUCGGACACACCAACGAGGGCCUGCGCGCGGGCUGGUUCCUGGACAGCGUGCAGAUCUCGGUGCCGGUCCACGGGAAGCAGUACAUGUUCCCCAGCCACCGCUGGCUCUGCAAGGACGAGGCCGACGGCAAGGUGGAGGUGGAGAUCUACCCCAGCGAGAUCCUGGAGAUCGAAAAACUGAUCAACUAUGAAGUAACAGUGGUCACAGGUGAUGUGCGUGCAGCAGGUACCAAUGCUAAUGUCUUCUGUCAGAUCUAUGGGGAGGAGGGAAAGACUGAAGUCCUCGUCUUGAAAAGCCGCUCCAACAAUUUCGAACGCGGCACCACUGAGAUCUUCAAGAUCGAAGCUCUGGAUGUGGGGAAGAUCUACAAGAUCCGCGUUUACCACGACGGGUCGGGGAUCGGGGACGGGUGGUUUUUGGAGACGGUGGAGAUCAAGCGGCUGACCACGGCCCUGGUCCAGGUGGAGGUCAGAAAAGAGGAGGCGCCCAAGAAAGACAAGAAGAAGGACAAGAAGAAGAAGAAGAAAGAGGAGGAGGAGGAGGUGGAGUUCGUGGAGGAGCUGCAGGAGGUGGUGGAGACCUCCGCCUUCCCGUGCGGCCGAUGGCUGGCCAGAGACGAGGAGGACGGCGAGAUCGUGGUGGAGCUGCUCACCGAGGACUGCGAGGACCUGGAGAGUGAGCGUUUAUGUUUAUUGAACUCGUACGAGGUCCACGUGUUCACGGGGCUGAUGUGGGGGGCGGGAACCGACGCCAACGUCUACAUCAACAUCUACGGAGAGACGGGGGACACGGGGGAGCGGCAGCUCAGGAAGUCCAACAACCUGAACAAGUUUGAGAAGGGAAAGGGCUCUUUCCGCUCGUUUGUGACCCAGGAGGACGUGUUCGACGUGUCGGCCGUGGACCUGGGAGCCCUGAAGAAGCUGAGGAUCCGACACGACAACAGCCAGGCCAGCGCCGGCUGGUUCCUGGACCGGGUGGAGAUCGUAGACAACAAGGAUGACACAACGUACUUUUUCCCUUGCAAACGCUGGCUGGCCGUGGACGAGGACGACGGGCAGCUCGCCCGGGAGCUGGUCCCCGUGGACGAGGCCUUCAUGAGGAUGGGGGACGAGGACGAGGAGGAGGAGGAGGCCACGCUCGGCCUGGAACAGAAGGCCAUGUCCACCACGUAUACGGUCCGGAUCAAAACGGGAGACAAGAAGUACGCCGGGACGGACGCAAACGUCUUCAUGGUCCUGUACGGAACCAAGGACGACACAGGGACCAUUACCCUGAAGGCCUCCAAGACUCACAAGAACAAGUUCGAGAGGGGCAUGACCGAUGAGUUCACCGUGGAGGCCGUGGACAUCGGGCCCCUGAAAAAGCUCCGGAUCGGACAUGACAACCGCGGAGGCGGAUCGGCCGGCUGGUUCCUGGACUGGGUGGAGAUCGACGCCCAGUCUCUGGGCCAGAAGCUGCGCUUCCCCUGCGGCCGCUGGCUGGACAAAGGCGAGGACGACGGCGCCAUCGUCAGGGACCUGUUCCCCAACCCCCUGCAGACCGAGUUCUACACCCCCUUCGUUCCGUAUGAGAUUAAAGUCUUCACCAGCGAUAUGUUCGCAGCCGGAACGGAUGCGGACGUCUUCAUCGUCCUGUACGGAAGGGAUGCGGUGUGCACGCAGCAGAAGAGUCUGUGUGUCAACAAGAGGGAGAGGAGGAUGUACUUCGAGAGGGGAGCCGAAGACAUGUUUAUCGUGGAGCUGGAGGAUGUCGGGGACGUGAUAGAGAAGAUCCGGAUCGGCCACGACAACCGCGGGGUCAAUCCCGGCUGGCACCUGGACAGGGUGGAGAUCCGGCGCCUGCUCAGGAAGGGGAAGGGAUCGGAGACCGCCAUCUUCCCCUGUGAGCGCUGGCUCGCCAAGUCAGAGGAAGACGGAGAAACGGUGGUGGAGCUGGUGCCCUCUGACAUCAUCACGCAGAAACUUUCCAGAGACGGCAGCCUGAAAGUGACCGAGGUGGAGGUGGAAGACGCCCUGGAACCUCACACCUACAACGUGUCAGUGAUGACGGGGGACGUUAACGGAGCCGGGACCGACGCCAACGUCUUCCUCACCAUCUACGGGGACCAGGGGGACACCGGGGAGAGGAAGCUGAGCAAGUCGGAGACCAACAGCAACAAGUUCGAACGAGGAUCUGUGGAUAAAUUCACUAUGGAGGCCAUUGAUCUCGGGCAGGUUUUUAAGAUAAAAAUCCGCCAUGAUAACAGCAUGAUGAACGCCGACUGGUACUUGGACCAAGUGGAGAUUCUGGACGUGGACACAGAGGAGGUUUUCCUCUUCCUAUGCGAACGCUGGCUCUCCAGGAAACGAGAGGACAGACGCAUCCAGAGAGUCUUCUAUGUGAAGGGUUACGAGGGCGUUCGAGAGAGCUUGUACGGUCAGAAGAACCCGGCUCUGACCGUAAAGAGCGUCGACAGUAACAUGAACAAGAAGAGUAAGAAGAAAAAGGAGGAGGACGUGGAGCUCCCAGCCAUCCCCUACCACGUCACCAUCUGCACGGGGCUGGAGCGGGACGCGGCCACCACCAGCAGGGCCUUCGUCAUCAUCGUGGGGGCCGGCGGGGCCCAGACGGAGAGGCUGUGGCUGGACCUGCCCGACGGGAGGAGGGGCUUCCAGUCCGGAUCCCUGGAGAACUUCCAGGUCCAGGGAGCCGACGUGGGGGAGAUUAAGAAGGUGGAGCUGGGCCACGACGGGGCCACGCCCGAGAGCUGCUGGCUGGUGGACGAGCUGUCCGUUGCCGUGCCAACCAAAGGGGUCAAAUACCUGUUCGCCUGCAACUGCUGGCUGGCCAAAGACCGCGGCGACGGGCUGACCGCGCGGGUCUUCAACGUGCUGGACGCCGACGCCGUCGCCAUCUCCCAGAAGAUCAUCUACGAGGUUACCGUGGUGACGGGAGACGUGCAGAACGCCGGGACCGACACCCGCAUCUUCAUGUCUGUGUUCGGGGUCAACGGCAGCUCCGAGGAGAUGCUGCUGCAGAAGAACGAGGACAGGUUUGAGCGUGGCCAGGAGGAUUCCUUCAACAUGGAGAUAGACGACAUCGCCCCGCUCAGGAAGAUGAGGCUCCGCAUCGACGGCUCGGGAAGCCGGCCCGACUGGUUCCUGGACAGGGUCUGA